AACGUUCAUUUGUAGAAAUCUGUAAACUUUCUGGGAAAAUUUGGUGAAGAUUUUGUAGAAUCGUGAUGAUGGGUUUAUCAAAAGGUAGAUUAAAAGCAUGGUUCAAUAAGAAAAUCACUGACCCUCUUCUCCAGAUCUUGCGUAGAGGUACUGAGCCAAAGCAGCUUGCUUUCUCUGCCGCACUGGGUAUUACUUUGGGGAUAUUUCCUAUAUGUGGUGUUCCUGUGUUUCUAUGUGGAGUAGCUUUUGCGUUGCUGGGGUCUGCUUGUCAUGCUCCAACUGUGAUGUUGGCUAAUAUCAUUGCCACUCCUGUAGAACUAGCUCUCGUGGUGCCUUUCCUAAGACUUGGUGAAAAAGUCACUGGUGGACCUCAUUUUCCUUUGACAUCAGAUGCUCUAAAGAAGGUUUUCACUGGUCAAGCCUCUCAGGAAGUCUUUUUAAGCAUUGGUAAUGCGUUACUAGGGUGGCUCGUAGCAACUCCAUUUUUCUUUAUUACGUUAUAUGUUGUGUUGCUGCCAUGUUUCAAAAUCCUCGUCCGCAAAUUUGGCGCCGGUAAUUCGACCCCAAAGUUACCUACUACAAGUAUGGAGACAGAGCUCAACCCAAAGCCAAGAGAUGCUUAAAUUCAACAAGACUUAGAAACCUCACUGUUCUUUUUAUCAACACGAAGCCCCUGAAAUUGUAACAUCGAUAUGCAUAGACUAAUGUAUAGAGUAUACCACACACACUUGCAUUGUCAAAACCUCAUACUCUUGUUUGUUUGUAAACUCUUUUGAAAAUGUCAGUAACUGAAAGUACUGGUGGUUAUACAUUUGAACGCCUAAACUCCGCAGUCCACACAUAAGCGUAAAGCCCAUUUUUAUGGGUUUGUUCUUGUAUUGACCAAACGGAAUAGAUACUUGUGAGAUUU